UGUGGUCUUCAUUAAAAUCUUGAAAAAUAUCCGAUGUUUUACCAAGCCUUAAGCUUGUUGCUUUUGGCAGUUAUUGCCAGCCACACAGUUCUCAGCGCACCGGCAGAUAAUCCAAAUGCGGCAUGUAAUCUAGUAGAAGAACCUAUAGACGAAAGGUAUCCUCUAACAAAUCCUGUUAAUGAGGCCGACGGUACUAUAAAGUACCGCAUGGCUAUUAUCAGUGAUCUAGAUGCAGAUUCGAAGAGUUCCAAGGAAGAACUCACGUGGAUAAGUUACCUAAAAAAAGGGUAUCUGAAAUACAAUCCUAAAAGUCAAAACGUUAGUAUCACGUGGGACAAUGGUGACGGCGAAAAAUACAAAUCGAACAUGGCCAUAAAAGACCGAGGAAUGGAGUUGUCCGAGUUAGUAACGUACAACGGUAAACUGUUGACCAUCGACGACAAAACAGGCAUAAUCUAUGAAGUUUUGAACGAAAACUCGUUGAUUCCUUGGGUGGUGGUCACCGAAGGCGACGGACGUAAUACAAAAACUUUUAAAAACGAAUGGGCAACAGUGAAAGGAAAAAAUCUCUACGUGGGAACACACGGUAAAGAGUUGGUGAGCAAGGAUGGGUUGAAAGUCACAAGUCAGGCUAACAUGUGGAUAAAGGUCAUCACCGUCGACGGAGGUGUUAAGCACGUAAAUUGGACACAAAACUUCAUUAAGCUGCGCGCAGCCUUUGGAAUUCACUUCCCGGGAUACAUGACUCACGAAUCGUGUGUGUGGAGUAAUGUACACGGCCGAUUUUUCUUUUUACCUAGAAAAGCGUCCACAGACAAAUACGAUUUCAGUGCAGAUGAAAGAAAAGCCACCAACGUCUUGCUAUCCGCCUCGCCAAACUUCAGCGACAUUAAGGUUGUACGAGUCGGUGAAAUAGUGCCCACUCACGGUUACGCCAGUUUUAAGUUCAUCCCGAAUACAAAUGAUUCUGUAAUUGUUGCGAUUAAAACUGAAGAAGUAGGAGAGACUACGGGAACAUUUAUAACGGUGUUUACGAUCGACGGAAAAAUUCUUUAUCCAGAAACCAAAGUGUCUGGUCUCAAAUUUGAAGGUUUUGAGUUUAUAUAAAAUAAAAAGUUUUAGUUGUUAUAUUAACGCAAAACAAAUUAUUAAACUAUUAUAUUAUAAAGUACAAUGUGAGACCUUAAAAAUAAACAUUUAUAACAAAAAACA